AUGAAUGUUCCCCUUUACCUUCUGACCUUCGCUCACUUGAUUUGCGCCGCCGCCGCCGCCGCCGCCGCGGGAGGGCACGUCUCUUUGGAGGAGGGGAUCCGUUCGGGACGCAGGACCUGCAGGCUCUACUGUCGGGUUGGCAUCGGCUUCCACCUCCAGAUUCAUCCCGACGGCAGAGUCAACGGCAGCCAUGAGCCCAACCAGCUGAGUGUUCUGGAGCUCUUUGCGGUUUCUCAGGGGGUCAUCGGCAUCAAAGGGGUCUACAGUAACAGAUUCCUGGCCAUGAACAAGAGAGGACGGCUCCACGCCACCGAAUGGUUCACAGACGACUGUAAGUUCAGGGAACGUUUCCAGGAGAACAGCUACAACACUUACGCCUCAGUAAUCCACAGGAACCACAGGACUGGUCGCGAGUGGUUUGUGGCCCUCAAUAAGAGAGGGAAAGCUAAAAUGGGCUCCAGCCCACGGGUGAAAUCCCAGCAUGUCUCCACCCACUUCUUGCCAAGGGUCAGCCUGCUUGACAAGAGCGAGCGAGGCUUCACCAUCACCAACAGGAGCAAAGAGAGGAGGAAAUUGCCGCCGCCAGCGCCGCCCAAACCUCCUUUGGCCAAGGCUAAUGUCCACGCAGGAGCGGCACCGAGACGUACGCAAGUCAAGUACUGGCCCAAAUACCGGUUUGGAUAG